AUGCAGCUGUCCCAGCUGAUCUCCCCUCCACUGGCCCCAGAGAUCUCUGGCCUGGUCCUGGGGGAUCAACUUCUGGCCUCUGGACAAGGAAAAGCAAUUUUCUGGCCCGAGCACCACGUGGUGCUGCUUCGGAGAUUCUUACAGAGAAGAGUCACCGCCUCCGUUGCAGCUUUUUUGGGGAAGGGGAAGGAGCCCAGCAAGCGAGGCCAGGAUAGGCUGCGGAAGGGGAACAGUGCGAUAGGCAGAGCAGGUCUCCUCCUGGCGGCGCUGGUGCUGCUGGUGCUGCUGUGGGCGCCGGGGGUCCGCGGCCAGGGCGGCCCCCAGCGGAGCGCGAUUCUGGGCAUGAGGCUGACGAGCUGCAGCAAAUCGUGUGAGAUAAACACGGAUGGCAUCAUCUCCGUGUCCGAGGGCAGCACGGUGAACCUGAGGCUGUACGGCCAGGGGCUGAACUCCUUCUCCAGCAACCUGAUCUCCUUCACUGAGGUGGACAACGCCGAGACCUUCCACAACUCCACCGAGUGCCCCGAGCUCACCAAGGACCUGGUCGUCCAGAAGCUGGUCAACGUGAGCCGCGGGGACACGUCGGGGAUGCUGGUGGUGCUCACUAAGUUCCUCCGGAGGAGUGAGAACACGAAACUGUAUGCGCUGUGCACCCGGGCGGGCGUGGACAGGCCCUGGCAGAGGUGGACGGACAAGGAUUCUCUGCUCCUCAUGGUGGAGGAGGCUGGGAGGCUCCUGCCCCUCUGGCUGCACGUCCUCAUCAUUAUGGUGCUGCUGGGGCUGUCGGGCAUAUUUUCUGGCCUCAAUCUGGGGCUGAUGGCCCUGGACCCCAUGGAGCUGCGCAUCGUGCAGAACUGUGGCACUCAGAAGGAGCGGCGCUAUGCCCGCAAGAUCGAGCCCAUCCGUCGCAAGGGCAACUACUUGCUCUGCUCCCUGCUCCUGGGGAACGUGCUGGUCAACACCUCCCUCACCAUCCUUCUAGACAACCUCAUUGGGUCCGGCCUAGUGGCCGUGGCCUCCUCCACCAUCGGCAUUGUCAUCUUUGGGGAGAUCGUGCCUCAGGCCCUGUGCUCCCGACACGGGCUGGCCGUGGGUGCCAACACGAUCAUCCUCACCAAAUUCUUUAUGCUGAUCACCUUCCCCCUCAGUUACCCCAUCAGCAAGCUCCUGGACUUCUUCCUGGGUCAGGAGAUCCGCACCGUUUACAAUCGGGAGAAGCUGAUGGAGAUGUUGAAGGUGACCGAGCCCUACAAUGACCUCGUGAAAGAGGAGCUGAACAUGAUCCAGGGGGCCCUGGAACUUCGGACCAAGACGGUGGAGGAUAUCAUGACCCAGCUGCAGGACUGCUUCAUGAUCCGCAGCGAUGCCAUCCUGGACUUUAACACCAUGUCGGAGAUUAUGGAGAGCGGCUACACCCGCAUCCCCGUGUUUGAAGACGAACAGUCCAACAUCGUCGAUAUCCUCUACGUCAAGGACUUGGCCUUCGUGGAUCCCGAUGACUGCACCCCGCUCAAGACCAUCACCCGCUUCUACAACCACCCGGUGCACUUCGUCUUCCACGACACCAAGCUGGAUGCCAUGCUGGAGGAGUUCAAGAAGGGGAAGUCCCACCUGGCCAUCGUGCAGAAGGUGAACAACGAGGGCGAAGGUGACCCCUUCUACGAAGUGCUGGGCCUGGUCACCCUGGAGGACGUCAUUGAGGAGAUCAUUAAGUCCGAGAUCCUGGACGAGUCUGAUAUGUACACUGACAACCGAAGCCGAAAACGAGUCUCUGAGAAGAACAAGCGUGACUUCUCAGCCUUCAAAGAUGCUGACAAUGAACUCAAGGUGAAAAUUUCACCUCAGCUACUUCUGGCUGCUCAUCGCUUCUUGUCCACGGAGGUCCCCCAGUUCAGCCCUGCUCUGAUAUCAGAGAAGAUCCUGCUGCGGCUGCUCAAGUACCCAGACGUCAUCCAGGAGCUCAGGUUUGACGAGCACAACAAGCACUACGUCCGUCAUUACCUGUACACGCGCAACAAGCCAGCCGACUACUUCGUCCUCAUCCUGCAGGGGAAGGUGGAGGUGGAGGCCGGGAAGGAGAACAUGAAGUUUGAGACGGGUGCCUUCUCCUACUAUGGGACUAUGGCCCUGUCCUCGGCCCCUUCUGACCGCUCCCCAUCCCACCCCACGGCCCUCAGUCGCUCGGCCUCCCUCAGCUACCCAGACCGCUCAGAAACGGCAAGCACCGUGCCCUUGGCAGGCAGCAGCAACCAGUUUGGCAGCUCGAUCCUGGGCCAGUACAUCUCUGAUUUCAGCGUGCGGGCACUCAUGGACCUCCAGUACAUUAAGAUCACCCGGCAACAGUACCAGAACGGGCUGCUGGCCUCACGCAUGGAGAACUGCCCCCAGUUCCCCCUGGACGGGUGCGCCAUCUGCACCGAGAACUCAGCUGACAAGGCCGAGCCGCCACCGGCGGACGAGACCACGAACCUGCUGAAUGAGCGCAACUCCUUGCUGCACCGGACGUCUCACGAGAGCGCCAUCUGACAGGAGGGCCCGGGGUCCCCCGCCAGCCCCGCGGGGGCCUCCCCAGUGGGCCCACAAGAAGACAGGGGGCCUGUUAGGCCGGAAGGGGUACAGUUGCCCUGUCUGACUGAGCAGCCAGAGGGUCCCCUGCCUGAGGGGGACCUGGUCUCUGACAGGGUCCUCUGAACAGCUUGGAGGUGGCAGCUGCAUGGCCCCGGACUGUGGGGCAGUAUACCGGCGACCAGGAACGCUCCUAAACUCAGCUCGUUGCACCUCUUUUUAAAUGUCAGGGGGAAGGGAAGACAGGGUUAAGGAACUUUAAAAGCAAUUUUUUUUUUCCACAGAAACUUUAAAAGGGGUAGGGUUUCUCACCCCGGGAAGCAAUAGCCAUAACGUGCUCCCAGUUGUGACCUUCUGGCUGCAUCCCUGACUCAGGGAGCCACCUCUCCCUACUCCUCUUCCACGUCCUCCAGAGAUGGCACCACUGCAGUCUCCUGGAGGAAGAUUUCUUCUUGGGAGAGAAGACAGUUCUUCCCAGGAAGCAAAGAACCAAAUAGCGCUGAGAACAACUGCCUGGAUGCACGCUGAGGCUCACCUGUCGUCACCAAGGCCAAGGGAUUUUUCUGGGAACCCUGGUCAGGGAGGUGACAGUCCCAACUGUGGAGAGGAGCAUGCCUCCUCCUGUCAAUCGCUGGACCCAGGAACCUCCUAGAACCCUGCUGAUGGGGUCUCCUGGUGAGUUGGGUUGGGCCGAGGCUGCCCCACGGUCUGCCUCACGUCCACCCCUUUGGACAGCUCUCCCCUUGUCGUGGGACUGACUCCCAAGUAUUAGGCUGGUCUCACACCGUUAAGACUUCUAACCAGACUGCUCCCCAGGCCCUGCCCUCAGUUUCACCAAAGGUUUCCCCCUGGUGGGGAGAGUGUCUGUGUUAGAGGGGCUUACCUGUGAUGCUCUUUUCGGGGCCAGGAGGGAGCUUGGUCAUGAGCAUCUACAUUGUUAGCAGUCAGUUCAUCCCCCUCCCACCCCAUAGCCAAAGUCAAGUCUCAUUACUGACCCACAAAGCCCUUCUCUCCAGAUUCCCUGCUUCUAAUCCCAAACCCGUGUCUCUUGGGGAUUGAGGUCAGGAGGACGUGUAGGAAGCCAGCACAAGUUGGCUCUUCAUGCCCUUUCCUCUGUGGCCGAGGCUCACCUGACCUUGUUCACGUACUUACAGAACCCGGGAAAGGAGGUUUCCACCUAGAAGGCACCCAGCCAGCAGCCCCGUCCUACCCACGUGUGUGGUCCUAGUGUGAGCUGUCAUCCUGGUCUUUGCUGCAGCCCGUGGUGCUGGACCCUGGGUGCCCCAGCCCCAUCUGCAGUCCUGCAGCUUCUCCCUGAGCAGCAGGCUUCCCCCUGUCGGGGAGGCUGUGGGACCAAGGUCCACUUUGGCCCUUUGGUUGGGUGGAACGGCUGGGGGCCUGGAACAGACGAGGGGGCCUCGCAGGCCUUCCCGCACGUUGUGUAUUCAGCCCGUGAGACCGGGUGCCCCAAGCACUCUGCUGGCAGUGACCGGGAAACGCCUUGCCCCAAGUAUGCUGGGCCCCGGUCAGUGUGACAGGCCUCACCAGUGACAGAAGUGAUUCCCACAAGUCUGGAGAGAAGGUGGUGACACCUGUGGGUGCUCGGCCAUAAGGAAGACACCAGACCUUCGUGCCCUGUCCAGGGAAACCCCUGAGUUUUCUCCAGGAGCAGCUUGCUCUCCGCGUCCACAUGGGGGCUUGCAGUACGGUUUUCCUGGGGUCUGAGUGCUGCCUGAGCCCACCCACUGCCUGAACCUAGUGUUUGUGUGUGAAGUCCAUGGAGCAGGUACACACACUUCCAUGGCUACCUCUCUGCACACACAGAUGCUCUCAAGAGAUGGUCCCUCCUCCCCACCUCUCCCUGUCCCCAUUUAUAAUCACUUUUUGCAGAGGGUCAUGGUUAUUUCCAAAUAUUACUGGUCCGAUGACUUCCUCUUCCCAGUGCAAUUUCUCAUUUCCUAUUCCAGCCUCUGGUUCCUGGGCUGAGCCGUACCCUGGACCUGGCCCAGCCCUGCGCGUCUUCCCAUGGAAGGGGGACCUCUGCAAACAGCAGGCCUCCAUGUGGGUAGGCGAGUCACAGCCACCGUAGCAAGUAACUCGUAUUUAUUUUGCAUAAGACUUUAAUUUGUAUAUUUUUGUGAUUUAUUUUGGCAUUGUUAUGAGUUUUGACUCUCGGGGAGUUUUGUUGUUAUGACUCUUGUGUCUUUUGUCACAAAACAAUGAUAAUAUUUGCUAAACGAUAUAUGGAAUUUAUUUUUGAUUGGUAAUAAAAAAAUGAAAUAUGGAUAAA